GCUCCUGCAGAGGAGGACUUCUCGCGACUGCCCAUCGAGGAUCGAUUGAAGCACAAGGCAUGGAAAGCAAGAGUAUCAGCCUACGAGGAGCUCUCCAAGUCAUUCUCCACCUCGGCCUACGAUACCGAUCCCAUCUUCAAGCCAUACGUCCGUAAUCCUGACCUCGUCAAGGCAAUGGUCGUCGAUUCAAACGUCGUAGCACAGGAAAAGGCAGUGACAGCUGUUUGCGACUUUGUCAGAUAUGGAGGGAAAGCUGCGGGCGGCACCCGCGAGACCGUAUUGCCUGCCGUCGUCGAAAAGUGCCUUGGCUCAACGCGAGGUGGAACAAAGAAGGCGGCCAUCGAACUCGUCUCACUCUACGCCGAGGCAGAGGAUGUAAUGGGAUGCAGCGGCCUCGUAGAUGAUGUCCUCGGCGGCUUAUCUGCCAAGCAACCCAAAGUCGUGUCCGGCUGCGUAGCCGCCCUCACGGCUCUUGUUCGCGAUUUUGGACCAAAGCAAGUCGUACCCAAGCCAAUUCUCAAGCGACUGCCCGAUGUCUUUGCACAUUCGGACAAGACAGUCAGGGCUGAAGGGGCACAGUUGGCCGUGGAGCUGCAUCGAUACCUGGGCGCCGCAUUGGAGCCAACCAUCGACUCGCUCAAGGAUAUCCAGGCAAAGGAGCUGCGCGCGCAAUUCCAACAGAUUGACGAGCAGGGGCAAGGCAAGCCAACACCUACUCGACACCUCUUUUCGCAAAAAGCCGCAGCAGAGGCGGCAGCUGCGGCUGCAGCGGCACCGCAAGGAGCAGCACAAGGAGGAGGGUCAUCAGCGCAAAGCGGCAUGGAUGAUGGCGGCGCGGCAGACGGCGCAGCAGACUUUGACGCCUACGAGAUGGCAGAGGCUGUCGACCCGCUCAAAGCAAAGGCGUGGCCCUCUAGCUUUGACGAGCAAGUCAAGUCCGCCAAGUGGUCUGAACGAAAAGAGGCCUUCGAAGCAGCCAAAACCGUACUGACGUCCAAUGUCAAGCUGCAGCCCACCAACGCAUUCGACUUCUUCGUCGAUGCCUGCGUAGAACGAGUUAAGAAGGACGCUACCGUCCAUGUAUGGCUCACUGCCUGCCAGUGUCUCGAGGCAGCGGCAAAGGGGAUGCGUGGCGGAUUUGGGAAGUACAGGGAUCGCACGGUACCGCCACUGCUCGAAAAGCUCAAGGAGAAGAAGCAGAGUACCGUAGACGUUCUAGCCUCCACCCUCGACGCCAUCUUCCAGACGGUCACGCUGAGCGAGGUGCUGGAGGACAUCCUUACAGCCACGAAGCACAAGAACCCAAAUGUCAAGACCGAGUCGAUCCGCUUCCUUGUCCGCUGCCUGCGAACCACCAAGACGCCACCAGCAAAGGGAGACAUCAAGCCAGUCGCAGACGCGUUGCUCGCCGCAUGCUCCGACGGGUCAGGGGAUGUAAGAGACGCGGGGACGCAGGGCCUAGGCACGCUCAUGAAGUUGAUCGGGGAGAGGCCGAUGAAUCCUUACUUAGAUCAGCUGGACGACAUCAAGAAGGGCAAGGUGCAGGAGGAGUUCGCUAAGGCUACGGUGAAAGUGAGAAUGGGCGGAGCAGCGCCACCAGCUGCGAGAUCAGCGGCGCCACCAGCUGCAGCUGCCGCCCCUAAGCCGCAGCCCCGCGUAGUGGCUCGAUCUAGCGCAGACAAGGAGAAUGCCCCGCCUGCCGCCAAGCCCACGUCAAUGGCUGCCCCGCCUCGCGGCCCGCCGUCACGUCUUGCAGCCAAGCCCGGUCCGUCAAUUGCCAAGCCAGCCGCAGCCGCAGCACCAGCAGCACGAGCAGCUCCUCCUCGCGCCGCCGCAGCGAGCGCCUCCGCCGCAGGCGCACCCUCGGUCAAUGAGCCAGUCAAAUUCCGCUUCACGCCAGACGACGCCGAGUCUCGCGCUGCCGACCUCAUCCCCUCGGAAAUCUCCGGCCAGCUGGCCAACUCCAAUUGGAAGGAGCGUCUCGCUGGCAUCCAGGCCUUCCACUCUUGGCUCGAUCGAGAGGCAGAGGCUCUCGAGUCCGAACUGAUCGUGCGCGCCUUAGGCAAGAAGCCCGGAUGGAAAGAGUCGAACUUCCAGGUGUUCGCAGAGGUGUUCAAGGUGUUCCGUCUACUAGCAGAGCAGUGCCCCACCUUUGGGCGGGCGAGCGUCGCAUUGAGCGUACAGCCACUGUGCGACAAAUUGGGCGAUAUCAAGCUCAAGGUUCCCGCUGGCGAGACGUUGACGACGUACAGCGAACGGACGUCCUUUGGCUUCGUGCUCAAGCAGGCCCUGGUGCCCCUCGCUGCACUCAAGGCGCCCAAGGCUGUGGCAGACUCGCUCCUCUGGGUGGAUGCGGCGUUGCUCGAGUUCGGCAUUGCGGGCGUGGACGUCAAGUCGCUCGUGGCCCAUCUCCUCACCUGCCUCAAGUCAGCCAAUGCCGCCGUGAGAAAUAACGCAACGACGGUCAUGGGCACGCUGGCCCGCUUCUUGGGGGCUACGCUCAAUUCCUUCCUCAGCGACCUGAACCCACAGCUCAAGGCCACAAUCGAGGCCGAGAUAGAGAAGGCCGCCUCUAACCCACCUCCAGCUCCCACUCGAUUCGGCGCUGAACUCAAGAAGCCUGAAGGCGCAGGCGGUGCAGGAGGAGCAGCAAGUGCAGCAGAUGCGGCGGCGGCCGCCGCAGCUGAGGAGGAUGCACUGGACGCCCUCGUCCCUCGCGUGGAUAUUGAUCGUCUGAUCCCCUCGUCCGCUUUGACGAACAUGGGCGACGCCAAUUGGAAGGUGCGCAAGGAGUCCCUCGAAGAGAUCCAGUCGAUCCUGCAGGCCAACACCCGCCUCAAGGGCACACUGAGCGAUCUAGCCCCAGUGAUCAAGCUGCGCUACUCGGACAGCAAUAUCAUGUGCAAGCAGCUGGCUUUGGACAUCGCCACUCGCCUGGCCACAGGGCUGGGUAAGGGCUUUGAGCCUCAGGCGCGCAACUUUGUCCCUCCCGUCGCGCAAUGCCUCGCAGACGCCAAAGCGCCGCUUCGCCAAGCUGCGGCGACGACCCUGACCGCGAUAGCGGAUGCGGCUGGGGUUCCCUCGAUGAUCGGUGGCUUUGCUUCGGUCCUAGACGGGAAGGGGGCGAACCCUCAGCUCAAGCAAGACCUCUUCGCCUGGCUCGCAGCGCGCUUCGAGGCUCACCCGCCGGACAAGUCGUGCGACCUCGCCCCGCUAGCCAUCCACGCCGUGCACUGCUUGGACGAUAAGCUCGCAGCAGUAAAGAAGGCCGCGCUUGCUACGUUGCCGUACAUCAUUCAGAGGGCUGGGUACAAGUUCGUCAUGGCGCAGAGUGAUGGGAUGAAGGCCGCGAGUAAGAAUACGGUGCAGCCUUUGAUCGAUCAGGCCAGACAGGCCGCUAAUGCGUUGAAAGCGCCAGCGGUUGCUGCUGCGGCUCCAGCUCCGGGGGCAGCGCCAGCAACGCGACCAGCUGCGGCAAAGACGCCCGCUGUGAGAUCGUUAGCCUCUGCCGCUCGACCGGCUUCACCUGCCAUGCGCUCCGCGUCGCCCUCGCCUGCAGCAUCGCCUCGGACCAGCGCCGGCACGUCCCGUAUCGCCGGUGUUCGCCCGCCCUCGGCGGCUACUCGCACGCUCCAGGCCCCAGGCUCUCGCAUCGUAGCUCCCGCAGGUUCUGCGGCAGCCAAGCCCGGCUUCUCAUCGCGACUCGGCGUGGCCAAGAAGGCAGUCAUGGCCUCGUCGGGCGGAGCGGCCGCGGCCUCUUCAUUCUCAUCUUCUGCAGGGUCGGGGUCGGCUCCACUCCUCACUUCGGACACCAAGCACAAGGUCGGGCGAGAGAAGAGGGAGGGUCGCGGCGGAUGGAUCAACGCAGAGGGCGCUGCCCGCCCGGAACUUGUCGAUGCGCUGCGCUCGCAAUGCGAGAAUCAUCUCGGCGGCUCCCUCCUUGACUCCAUGUUCUCGCGCGACCACAACGCCGAGCGAGACUACCUCUCCGCAUUGGCACUGCUCUCGGACUUUGUCUCUUCGCCCACCUUCGCCGAGGAGGAGUACGGCAUCCCUCAGCAGGAAGCCGUAGCCCGCGUGGUGGCCAACUCUGACCUUAUACUCAAGUACAUCGCGAUAAGGCUGACGGACAACAACACGAGCAUCUCCCUGAAAUGCUUCGAUGUCCUCGGCCACCUCGUCGACCUACUCCGAACAGAACAAUACCACAUGAGCGACUACGAGGCAGCCUCCAUCCUCCCCUGCUUGACCGCAAAGUUCGGCGACGCCAAAGUUGCCUUCCGCGAUCGGAUACGCGACACGUUCAGGAAGUUGACCUUCAUCUACCCGCCAAGCAAGCUCAUGACACAAUACCUCGAGUCGGGUCUACCCUCCAAGAAUGCGCGAACGCGAGCAGAGUGCCUUGGGGAGCUGGGAUACCUCUUUUCGAAGAACGGGCUACAAGUCUGCACGCCGGCAAAGACGUUGCCUGUGAUCGCGAAGAGCAUCUCUGAUAGAGAUACGAAUGUGAGGACGGCCGCGCUGCUGGCGUUGGGGGAGUGCUAUAAGAUCGUUGGGGACGAGGUUUGGGGGCUGGUGGGGAAGAUGCCGGAUAAGGAGAUGAGCUUGUUGGAGGAGAGACUCAAGAGGACGACGGUGAGCAAGCCUGCUGCGGGGGGAGGGACGGCAGCAGCGGGGGUGGGCGUGUCAUCACCCCGAGCGAUCCCGCGCCCGACGACGACGACGACUCGGAUCGCGUCUGGCAUCCCUGCGCCUGGAACGAAGAGUCGACUGCCCUCAACAAGUGCCUCCUCCAAGCUGGCUGCCGCCGUGCGCGAGCCUUCGACGGUAGACGCUGCGGCUGAGGAAGCGCCCGACGAGCUCCCGGGCAAGGACACGGUGCAGGAAGAAGCCGAGGCCACACGCAUCGAAGAAGACGAAGCGGGAGAGCCAGACAUCGAGCAAGCGAUCAGCGAAAUCCUCUCUUCUGAGCCCACGCGAUCCACGCAGGCACUCAAGGCGAUCCACCACGAGAUGCAGGCCGAUGCUGCCCCCUUUGCCCCCUCUGCUGACCAGCUCGCCUCAGUGCUUGCCAAACAGUUCAGCAGGGCAUUCGGCAAAAACGCGACCAACGAGGGAGCCAAUGCCAGGUUGAGGAAGUACCUCAUUCAGGUGGCGUCGACCCUCUUUGACUCGAAGAUGCGCUCCAGGCAGGGACAUACCGUCGCGUCCUUCAUCGAGAAGAAGAGCCUCGGUGCCUUGAUGACCCAGCUGCUCCAGCGACUGAUCGACACGUCCCUCCAAGCCAAGCACGACGAAGAGGCACGCACCUACGCCACGUACUUGAACAAGGUGGUCAUCCGAUGCUUCGGCUCGUGCAACCUCAACGUGCUCUACGACACCAGCUUCACGAUGUUGGGCGAUGCGACGGAGGACUUGCGCGACUUGAGCGGAGCGACGCUAGAGACUCGCUUCAGGUUCGCAGAGCUGAUCAUCAAGUGUCUCUGGAAAGUGGGGCGACGUCUCCCCACCAGCCUACAGGAGGGCACCGUAGAGCCUGCGGAGCUUCUCGUCGUCCUCGAGGCCUUCUUGCAGCGCAUCCCCGCGGCGGAGUGGAAGGCUCGCGCGAGGGAUGAGGUCAAGCUGGCCGAUCUGCCCUUGCGCACGGUCAAGGUCGUGCUGAGCCACUUUGUUACGGCGUUGGGGGAGGACGUGUUGAGUCAUUUGGACAAGCUGGAGGAGCCCGAGGGGGCGGAGAUUUAUAGGAUUUUGGUGAGGAUGAUCAAUCAGAGUGGAGAAGGAGAGGGUGAGGAGGGAGAGGGGGAGGGAGAGUCCGAUGAUGAGCAGCCUGCGCCUUCCUCCUCCACCCCCACAACGGGUCUCAACGGCAAUGGCCAUGGCCAUGGCCACGGCCAAGUCGCAACGAACUCGUCAAGUAGCUCCUCUCCGCACCUCGCAUCCUCCUCGACGACUGGCUCCUCCGAUGCAGACUCGGCGGCGAAUGCUCAGCUGAAGGACAUCUUUGAGCGCAUUUCUCAAAAGGAGCAGUCCCGCCAAGCCAUCAAGGACUUGUACGACUUCCAAAAACGCUUCCCAGCUAAACAGCCGCACAUCGAGCGCAGCCUGCAGAGCACGGGGCCUAUCUUCCAGCGAUACAUCAAGCGGGCAUUGGCCAAUCACAAGGCCGAGGAUGAGGAG